AGGUAAAGGUAACCGCUCUUUUCUGCAUGAAGUGAACCAAUAAAAUUUAAAAGAAGAAGAAACUGCGAGUCUUAAUAAGACGUGACCUGGCGAGAAAACUGCUGGUGCCAUUUGUUUUCUACAAAGAAACACACUGGAAAGCGGUCACGUAAGUACUCCGGCGUGGUAGCUGUGCUCGUGGGCUACUGCCAGCUUUGCCUUGGGUUUGCGUAAUCGACGUAUACUUUCUGCGUGGUGUGUUACCUAACCCGUGCAUGGCACGAAGCGUCGUGACGCACCCUCUACGUGCCACGCGAGACGCUCGCCGCCAAGGAUACACUUACUCCUUUGUUAUAUGCAUCCUGUCACGUGGCGCCUCUGGCGCAGCGAUAAACGCACAGACACACACACGCGGAGACUAGCAGGUUAUAUAGGCCGGCGUAAACCAGUCACGCGGCUUUUUUAAUCGGACAAGCGACCGCAUCGGUUCUCUCUCUGCAGAAGCUAACGGCCGGAAAGUCGACGUUCUGUGUGCGAAAGCUCUUGUCGUUUCGACGCUGCUGACACUGCGCAAAAUGAAGACCGCCGUAGUGCUGCUGCUGGUCACCUGUUUCGUGGCUCUGGCGACGAGCGCGAAGGACCGUGCCACCAACCACCGUCAGCAGUUUGACGACUGGAGGAGCUGCAUGGUGCAAAAGAUCCCCGUAGACAAAGUGCCUCAAUAUGAUGCCUGCCAUGGCCGCUCCCGUGGGACCGACAUGCACAGAUUCAGAGAUGGCCUGCAAUGCGUCCUCUCCAGCUACAACAUCGUCAACAAAAAUGACGUGAACCUGGACCGCAUGGCUCAACUGGCUAGGACCAUCACGCAGCAGGACCUGAAGAGUGCCUUCGAAGAGUGCCCCAAAAACGAUCGCAACAAGCACGUCCAAAGAGCUGUCAAAUGCGUCAUCGACCACCUGGAGCGCACAUGCCCUGUGCCAGACGGCGCUGCUGGAUCCAGAGAGUAAGAACGUGACGUCACUGGGGCGUGAUUGGUCAGCAGGAGAAAGAGCGAGAAACGCAUCCUGACUAGGCCAUUAGUUCUACUCGGAAACUUCCCGGAUAAUAAGAAGAUGGAAAAAACUGAUUCCUACAGCACUGGAGACACCUCUGGAAGGUUGGAAAAUCUGCGAGUCUGGGAACAAAAUAAUAAAGGAUCAGUGCACAACACUGCGCAAGAAAAUAUAGAUUUUUGUCAUGCA